GUGGGUGCCUCGGAGGGAUGAUUUCUCGCGGUUCUCUCCCCUUCACAGGCUCUGGCGCUCACGGGGGGCCGCUCGGCGGAGGCGGCGGCGCAGCUUUACUUCAGUAGCGGCCUCGAUUCCCAGGAGGAAGAUGAUGGCCAAGGCAGUGGAUACUACAAGAUGGUCUUUGUGGUGAACAUGGAGCUUUCUAUGGGACCUGGAAAGAUCGCUGCUCAGGUGGGCCACGCAGCCAUUGGCCUCUACCAGCUGAUGCAGGAGAAGCCUAGCCAGAGGGAUCUGCUCAACCAAUGGGAUGAACAAGGUGCCAAGAAAGUUGUCCUUCAGGGAUCCAACACUGACCAGCUGCUGGAACUACACGCCUUAGCCCUGAGCCUGGAGCUGCCAACAUACCUAGUGCAAGAUGCGGGAAGGACCCAGGUUCCAGCUGGCUCACACACAGUCCUUGCCAUCAUGGGAGAGGAAGAGAUAGUGAAUCAGGUGACAGGGCAGCUAAAACUGCUGAACUGAGGAAAGCUUUGGCGUUCGGCAGUGGGCCGUGGAGUUCCCGGGCAGCCCUUCUGUGUGUAUGUGUGUGUGUAUAUAUAUAUAUGCGCGCGUGCUCUUUUUGGACGAAGAGGAAGGUCCGAUGGACAGCACUCAACUCUCCUCUGGGCAACAUGGGGGGGUGGGGAAGAAAGGUGCACCUCUCCUCUGGAAGAGGGAUUGUCAUUUUCUAAGGUGGCGGCUGUAGGGUUCCAUGGUAGGGGGAUUUACUAGGGCGCUCCCAGGCAGGUCUGGAAAAGGACAGCUGUGUAUUAUCUGCACCACUUACAGAACAGGUGAGGUCUGGUGCAGGCAUUGCCUGGGCUUUCUUUUGCAUUGUGGGGAAACCACAGAAAGCAGGCAAAGUGUCGCCUUCCAGAUGUUGUUGCAUUAUGAUCCCCAUUAGCCCCAUGCCAGCAUAGCCAACUGUGUAGAAUGCUGAGCAUUGCAGUCUCAACAUCUGGUUGGAGGGGGGGUGCCCUUUGCCAACCCUUGACCUAGCAUAACCCCUCCCAGCAGAAAGGCAUUUGUACCUAUAUCAUCCCCGCUGUGUGUCUUGUCUUGUCCUGGGGGGGGAUGUUUGCUGUUAGUAAAGAAAAGGAAUGAAGACUCAGCAGCCUCUCUAGACAGCUUCUUUGGCUGCUGAGCUGCUCUUACUGCUUAAGUGUACAUUUUCCUGAAGUUUAACCUAGCGUCUAUCUUGCAGUGGUUGUAAUCCCUUGUCUCUCCACCUGCCCCUACUUGUGCUGUGCUCCCUCUUUUGUGCUGUUCCUUCAAAUCUUCUUUUCAAACGUUUUUCAAAAUACUCAGUUUUUAACGCAACAAGCAUCUCUAAAGUAUCACAUCUCUAGCCAGUGGAUGGGCAGUGAACUAAGGAACUGCUAUGCUGGCAAGAAUAACCCAAUGAGGUUACUGUUACUGAAGAUCAGGGGUGGGGCAGGGCUGAAAGCUCCAGGAAAUGACUUCUGGUCCUCCAGAUGUUGUUGGGCUGUCACUCCUAACCAACAAAGUCAUGAGUGAGUGAUGGUGGGAGUUUCAGCCCCAUAACAGCUGGAAGGCUAUCUUUCAGUCCCCUUUGGCUUAGCGCAGUGCAAAGAAAUAGGGAAACCACGACUUAGAAGUUAGUGAGAAAUUACUGUUGAGAAGGCAGCUUUUCUGGUGUUCAUGAAAGAAUCCCUUCCCCUUCUUUAAACUGUUUUUUUUUUAAAGUUUUACAACAGGAUUCAGCCCAUGGGAAUGGGGGAGGACAAGGAAUAUCUUUCAAUAAAAUGUACAAAGUGGAGGAACAGGGGGCCUGGCUUAAACCCACCGUCUCACAGGUACUAGCCAGUGUGUCCAGAAUGCUGCUUCAGCCACACAGACAAGCUGCCAACAGUGUGAUUGGGGGGGUGGGGUAGAAUUUUAUGUUCUAAAUGACAGGAUAGUGUAGUUUUACAUGUUGGGGACGUUGAGAAAAUAUUAAGGAUAUUGAUGUACAGUAUAAAUCUUUCACUGGGUUGGGAAUCUGUGGCUCUCUGGACAUUUUUGGACUCCAAAUCCCAUGAGCUCCAACCAACCAACAUAACUAGCAGUUAUGGGAUGAUGGGAGCUGAAGUCCAAAAUGCCAGGAGGCCCACAGCUUCCCAUUCUUUUUCCCUAGUAUAUAUUCUUCUGCCAAGUUAAUAUUAUCUGGAUCUCUUCCUAUCCUUCCCUCUGUUAAUCCAGGAAUUAGCAGGAUUCCCAGGACUCAUGUUAAUCUAAAGUUGCAACUUAAAACCUCUUGUCAAAGCUUAGAAACGUGACUGUUUUGGACUGCAACUAGCCAGAGUUCCCUAGCCAGCCCUGGCCAUGGAAGUGGCUUUUCCAAGUCCACCUUCUGCUCUUCGUUCCUUGUAGCUGCUGCAAUCGUACCCAAAGACAGAGCAUUCUAAAUGUAUUUUGAAUGACCAAAAGUCUGUCGUCUUGCAAGGGUGCCCAAGUUUGCAAGAUUCAGCUCCACUUUUAAAAACCCUGGAGGGCACCAGGUUGGGGAAGGGGAUUGUAGGGCUUGUGAUUCCCUUGAAGACCAACGCUUUUGCCUGGGCUGGCUCUCUGAAAGUUCAUCUGUGCUUGCUGGUGGAAAGCCGACAACUAUCUCUGUGCAAAGUCCUACUGUGAAAAUGGUACAGAAAAUACAGUAUAAUCCCCAUUUUCAUUUCUGUGCAUUGUUUCACUUAGCAUUUUGUAUUUCUCUAGGGACCACCUGUCUUGUCUGAAGCAUGCUGGGACUUCUCAUUACUGUGCAAAAAUAAAUGUGUACCUUUUAGAUAAAUUUACCAAAGGUCCCCUGCUGUUUGCAGGCAUUGCAUACCUGCAGCUGUACAACACACCAGUGUAGCUAGGACCUGCGUAAAGCAUCCUUAUUUAGAUUCAGCUAAACAGUAUCUCCCUGUUGGAUAGCUGAUAAGCACAUAUUAAAAACACCAAUGUCCUAUGGUUCCUUUAAGAGGAAAAUAUGUAUUUUCCUGUAAGCUUUCAUGGAUAACUUUUUCAGACACAAGAAGAGUAAUAUUUAAGCCAGAGGUUUAUAGCUAUACUGUACAGUGUAACAGCUGUGGGAGUGGGGAUGACAUGAGAUACAGAAGAUGACAAAGGUGUUAUUGACACUGGUAAUGAACCUUCAAGAGUCAGUGUUGUAUAGCGGACAAGGUCAAACAGUGCACUGCCAAAUGAUCUCAGGGAGGGGGAGGUAAAUGUAGAUCCAUUUGGUGAUUCUUUGUUUGAAGAAUUGGAAUGAGAAAUCUAGCCAAUUGCAACCUGGGGCGGAGUCUGAAACCUCACCCCCACUGACGUUUGCAGCUUGCAUUUGAACUUGCCUUAUGAAGCAGAUUGGGCACAAUCAUCUGCCAUGGAUUUUUGGAACGUCCAUUUUUUUCCUGCACUGUCCACAGAAUCUUGGUGCAGUGCUUGAGGAAGAUGGAUUAAUGUUGAAUGCUAGCUGUUUAUUCAGUUUUUUAGUGGCCUAAUAAAGGUAUCACCUACACAUAUCCUAGGGGUUAUUCAUUUGGAGAAGGCUGCAGUAAAAAAAACUUUUGUUAGCCUGUCUCUCUGACCCCUGUCAUUUAGGCUGCCUUUCCCACACACAGUGACACCAGAUACUGGCAGAGGCCCAUAUCGGCAGACAGAUCUGGAAGACCAAAAAACAAAACAAAAUGCUGCAACUAGGUUAAGAGCCUCUUAGAACAAAAGACAACACAAGGUUUAUAGCUGAGUCAUAAACCCCCUGAUGGUUUGGAGUGACUUACAAUGCAGGGUCCCUGCUGGUGGGCGCACAGUUUACCAAGUUUUAUGUAGCGACAAAGUAAAGAAACAAAUUGCUUUGGAACUUUUAGAGCUGGUUCGUCUUGGUCUUGGCAGUUUGAGCAGCCCCAGAGCGAGCCAUUUCCACUUUCUCCGUGCCCUCUAUUAAUUGCGUGUUAUCAGCUUGUGAAAGCAAGCUGGCAGGCAGGAGAGGGCGAGGUUUGUGUGUAGAUCAUUGUGAAAAGAGCAGGGCUCACACAGUGCCAAGAGCUGGGAGCGAAAUCUCCUGCAUGCUUGAAAAGUCCCACAAACGACCAGAGCUAUGGCAAAGUGUAUUUUGUCUCGCAUAUUGUUUACUUGGGAGCAGAGCCGGUUUUGUGAAAUGGGGUUUGCCUCCUAAGUACAACUUCGGUUUGAAUUGUAGUGCAGCGUUAUGAUGACCCUGUCCGUUUCCCUUCUGAUCCAGCUCUGCGCCGUCUGUUUCUACAGGAGGGGCUCAGCUUGUGCUCCUCCUCUUCCGCCAUCACGCAUUUGCCUGUUAACAUCUGUGUGGAGGUAAACAAUGAUGGUACUGUUGCGCCUGUAACUUGGUCUCUUAUCCCUGCUUUUGGCACUGGAUGUACAAAUUUGGGUUUUGAUUUGAACACGGGUCUGAACUUGGUAACUGCUGGGGGGAGGACACCACGUUAACCAGUCUUCAUACGAUGCUGUGACACUCGGCAGCUACCGCACACAGUGGGUUGUGCUCUAGUUCAGUGCACAUGCAAUGAGAACCAGAGCUGUGGGAUCCCGUUUCCUCCAGACCUCACAAAGUCUCUUUUGUGGCUAUAAACCCCUCUUUCCCCCUCCCCCAAAGAAAACGUCUCCAAACUCUAGUUUUCUCUUUAUGACUGCUGGACUUUCCUUGCUAGAACUUUUGGUCUAACCGUUUAGUCCUCAGCCACAAACAGAAAAGGGGGCCUAGAUAUGUUUAAGUGUACCAGCUUACAUUCCUUGUCUCUGCUUCCUAGUCGUCCAUUCUGUUUACUUUUUCAGCUAUUGAUUGUCAUGAUGUCAAAAAAAUUAGACUUCUGCGUCAUGGGGGCAUGGACAUAUGGGGUUCCCCUUUCUUUAUUAAACAGUGUAAAAGGUCCUUGUACAUUAAUAGUGCUGUAUAAAUAAUAAUUAAACUAUAUGCAAGCUUC